CAACGAUCCGAGCAAGGCAGAGUGUAAACAGCAACCCAGUAUAUCUCUAGCACGUCCGAGAUGAAGAUCGUCCUCUUCCUCACACUUGCUUCCAUCGGCAGCGUCUUCACGGCAGAAUGCAACAUCUCCACGCUGACCUCGAUAGACGCCAUCACCGUCGAUCUAAAAGGUAGAUCUGAAAAACUCCAAAACAGCGACUUCUUCAUGAUGGACUCCUACAAGGUGAUCUUCCUGACCAGAGCCAGCGUCCCCUUACUCUGCGAGGGUAUGGUUAAGUUCUUCUCGCACCUGGAGGAGCUUUACAUCAUCGCAGCGAACGUCAGUGAGAUCGAACAACUGGCCUUCCAGGACGUUCCCAAGCUGACCAAACUCUCCUUGGCCGUCAACAAGCUUAGGGUUGUCAGAUCCAAAUAUUUCAACCAGAUCAAGUCCCUCGAGGUGCUUUAUUUGAGCAGCAACGAGUUGGAGCAGGUAGACGAAGACGCUUUCGAUGGUAUGUCCAACUUGACCAGGAUCUACUUCAACAGGAACAACUUGAGGUUCAUAAGCGGCAAUUGGUUCAAGGACUGCCCCAGCUUAAAGGUGGUAGAUCUGAGCCACAACAAGAUAAGUACAGUUCCAGCCAAAGCCUUCCUUAACAUCGUACCAGGACAGGAUCACCAUGCGGUACAGUACAGACUCCGUUUUAACGAGAUAGAAUCCAUCAGUCCUGAGGCGUUGGAGAAGGACAAAGAUUUCUUAGACCUGAUGCUGGACAACAACAAACUAACGGAACUCCCAGUUGCAGUGUUCAAGAAUCUUCAGGUCAACAGUUUGGUAUUGAGUUCAAACAGGAUCGCCUGUUUAGAUAUGGAAGUGUUGGAAGGACUCAGAGGCAGUUUCAUGUCUUUGCAUUUGGAGAGAAACCCUCUGGCUUGUGAUUGCGUUGAUAAGUUUGAAGAGUUCGCCAAUAAUACCGAGAUUCAAAUCUCGUUCUACUACAGUACCACUUUCAAUUGUAAGUUGCUCAAGCAGAUGCCCGUACUUAGUAAUUGAAAGAUUUGGUUUCAACCUCCCUAAUUUAUUUUUAUGAUGCAAACUUGUUUUUCCACUACCUAUCUAUAAAUAAUAAGAUGUCAUUAUAUCUCUUGGAGGGCAAUGAUCUGUAGAUAUAUUUAAUGAACAACUCCGUCAUGUUUUGAGAAUUCGAGAUAUCGAAUUUUUUUUUAUGAACUUUCCCUUUUAAUUUCUAGAUAAGCACCAACUGAUAUUACUGAUUUAAUAAGUUGUGUUAUUUAUUGUUAGAUUUUGAAUAGAAUCUAUUGUAUUUGUUUUAUUA